CUAGUAGCCAUCCAACUCUAUCUGCCACGAUUGAUCUUGGCCAAAAGAAGAAGAUCGAGACUUGGAUUCAAUUCAAUUCAACAGCUUUCUCAUGCAUGAAUAAGGGGUUUAGAGUAGGGAAAUUAUCUACGGUUUUCUCAUUCUUUGUGACACAAAAACAGUGACCGUCGAUCAUCUGUUUGGGUAACAAAAAGCUCUCGACAAUUAAAUUGUCCCAACGAAUAAUAGUUAGACUACAAUACCCACCACCAUGAGGAUCUCUGUUCUAUCUCUUGGCUAUGCCUUGUUGGCUUUGCAGUCAGAAUACGUGGGGGCGGGUGGGUUGCGAAAUCUUCAUGCCACUGCAGCUCCCACGUUUACUCCAACGACUGACACUCUGACAGACUCGAAUGCCACAAGCACCAACGCAACAAUGGCGCCCUCCACCGACUCUCCCACAUCUGCUCCUCCGCCCACAGAUCCACCUGCUACAGCUCCUCCCACGAGCCGCCCCACCGGUGCCCCGUCCACAUCUCCUUCACUGGCACCCAUUGCUCCCGUUCCACCCAACGACUUGUGUGCCAAUGCCCAAGGACCCUUGGCCAUUGUCGCUCCCGUCAAGGCAGGAACGUUGCCCGAUCUCUUUGUCCACGGCACCACGCGAGGAGCUAGUAAGGAUGUGACAGUGGGACGCUGUGGUGUGGAAAUUACCAGUCCCGGUGUGUGGUAUACAGUGACCGGCACGGGGAGUCGCAUGACCAUUUCCACUUGCAGCGAAGAUACGGAACUCGAUUCCAAAUUAUCCGUCUUUUCCGGCAGCAGUUGCGGUGCAUUGUCCUGUGUGGCAGGCAACGACGAUGGGACCAACUCGACUGGACGAUACUGUAAUGUCCACCGCUACGCCAGUUCCACGUACUGGGUAUCCGAACUGGGACAGAACUAUUACAUUCUCGUGCACGGAUUUUCCAAUCGCGUCGGAGACUUUGCCCUGUCCGUGGAAGGACACAAUGAUCGCAUGGAACUGGCCGUUCAAAUGGCCGUCGGUGACACCGCGCAAGGGGAUACCUUGACGGCAAGUUUCAAUCUCUACGAUUUGCUCUCAAGUCAAUGUGGCUAUGACGACAAGGAAUUCUACGGCCAGUACUACGAUGGACCGGAAGAUCGUGUCCCACGAGGAUUAUGGUACAAGGUUGUGGGGACGGGUGGUCCGCUCCAAGCGCAAGUGUGUCUUCCCGGUACCCGGCUGCAUGUUUUUGCUGGUGACAACAACGAUAAUUGCAUUGGUGGAGAUACGUAUACCCGCGAUUGUUCCACGUUUGCCUGGGAUUCCAGCCCCGAUGUCACGUACUACGUUAUUGUCCACAGCCUCUUUCGAGUGCUGCUGCCCUACGGGGAAUACAACGAUGACCGAUACAACAAUCCACAAUUUUGGAAUGAAGAUACCAUUCCCAACUUUUCCAAACCAUUCGAACUUGCCAUUACCGGCGGCAGCGAUUCUGUUACCAUUAGUCGAAGCAAGGACUUGUUCAAUUAGCUAUUCUAAGUUAGUUCUUGGCGAUCGAUCGAACCGUAUAGAGAGAGAGAGAGCUACUGGUGCCUGCCCAUGCAUGGAGUGGACUGGGCUGUAUCAUAGAUUGAUUCAUUAAAAUUAAUGCAUAGAGAGAGAGAAGUUUUCUGUUGUC